AUGGGCAAAGUAGCAGAUCCCUUUGCGUCCAUGAUGACGAUGAGAAAGUCAGAUAAACCUGAGCCGAGAGGUAGGCAGGCAGGCAACACGAGGUCCGAAAGGGCGGCAUCAUCGACGGCCAGCGCAGACCCAUUUGCAGCCAUGGCAGCGCAGAGGAAAUCGGACAAGCCAGCCAGUCAGACGGAGAAGAACAGGAAGAACCAAGGCAGGAGAGAGAGGGCUCGCUCUAGGGGUGCCGCAGAACCUUCAAAUCGAUUCGGAUCCAGAUCAGGGACGAGCGACGCGUGGCCUGUGGCAGAUAAUCCUAGGAUGAAACCGAUGCGCAGGCCAGCACAAAUUCCAGCUACCUCUGCUGCUGCACGGGAGUCAGCAUCCCAACGUGGAGACGAUCGCCUCUCGUCGAACAACACGCCAGCAGAACCAUCCUACGAGGCACGCCUUCUUUCAGCUCUUGCUGACCCUACCAACCGGGGCUCCACCCCUGAGUCGCCCACAGAGCGCCAGGAGAAGACAGUGCCUCCCUUCAACCGUCAGACCUCUGACGAAUCCGAGGAAGAUGUCCUCUUCCCUGAAGAGGAGGACCGAGCACGCCCACCAACGACCAGCUGGCCUCGUCCUCAGAGUCAGCCGUCCGUGCCGCCAGCCCCCAAACGUCUCUUCUCCAGAACCAAGAUUGAGGGGAAUCCAAGUGUCGCCUCUCUCGCACCCAUGGAUCUGAUCACGGUUCCCGCCCCUGGAUCGCCACCGACGAAACCGCAAUCGUCGCCUCCGGUGGCCGUGCGCGGCGCCAUGGCCACGGCGGAUCGCUUCUUCCGUCAGAACUACAAGUUUCUCUUCUCCGCCUCGGAAUGGGCUGACCUUCGGCCUCAAACGCACACGCCCGAGAUAAUUGUCCUGGGCGCUUCCAAUGUGGGCAAGUCAACCUUUAUCAAUUCACUGCUGGGUCGGACCGACGUGGCCAGGACGAGCUCCAAGCCGGGCCGCACGCGCACGCUGAAUGCGUACGGUGUCGGUCAGCCCGCGGACUCCAUGGUCAACCAGGGGCUCCCCCAGGGUACCGAUCCGGCUAACCAUGGACUCGUGGUGAUGGACGCUCCCGGGUAUGGCCACGGCAGCCACGCGGCAUGGGGCGCUGUGACGCGCGAUUAUAUCAAUAAGCGGACCAUGCUCAAAGGAGCCAUCCUCUUGCUGCCUGCCGAGAAGCGGAUCUCGGAUAUGGAUCGAUGGACUAUGAACCUCCUUGCCCAGCGAGGCAUUAAGCUCAUGGUGAUCUUGACAAAGGCCGAUCGCGCUGGCAAGGAGUGGUAUGAAUACUGCCUCAACGUGGCCGCCGAGGUCCGCGCGAACAUCAACGUCAUUAAGAAUGGUUCGAAACAAGUGCACUCUUCAUGGUCUGGAGGCACUGGAUGGGUGCCAGAGAUCCAUGUCACGGCCGCAGCGUUCCCUCAUAGACGGUCGAUUGCCAAUGCACCCGGCAUGAGGGGAGUUCGCCUGGCCAUCCUCAGAGACAUGUUGGGUAUGGAUCUCGACGCCACGACGAGCAAAGUGGAGGCCAAUCCGGAAGACAUUUCGUAUGGUGGCGACACAGUCUCCUGGGAUGAUAUGCUGCGAAAGAUGCAGAAUAUGUAA